AUGAGCGACUCCGGGGAGCAAGAGAUGAUUGACUCCCUUGGUACUGCACCUGAACAAGAUGUAGAAUCUGAUGAGGAGGAAGAGGAGAUAACCAUUGACUGGGCUCCUCGAUUGCGACGCGACAAACAAAAGCCUUCCAGGGACCUAAGUCAUUUCGUGCCCAAUGGCCAAAUUGCAAUCAAUGCUGCUAAUGUUCGAAGAUUCAACGAUAAAUGUACCAGUAUCCUUACCAACCCCAAAGCAUUCGCCGACCAGCAAAUACCACACUCCGAUGGGAAUUAG